GUAGAAAGCAAAACUAGCAAACUGCCUUUCAUGUAGUCUUCAAGUCAACUUUAAGAAACGAAAGUCGUUCUAACUAAUCAUGUCCAACCUCAAAGGCGGCACCAAGAAGGACACCAAGAUGAGGAUACGAGCCUUUCCCAUGACAAUGGAUGAGAAGUAUGUGAACAACAUCUGGGACCUUCUAAAGAAUGCCAUCCAGGAGAUCCAGAGGAAGAACAACAGCGGGUUAAGCUUUGAGGAGCUGUACAGGAACGCCUACACCAUGGUGCUCCACAAGCACGGGGAGAAGCUCUACACAGGCCUGAGGGAAGUCGUCACCGAGCAUCUCAUCAACAAAGUACGGGAAGACGUCUUAAACUCUCUAAAUAAUAACUUUCUGCAAACGCUGAAUCAGGCCUGGAAUGACCAUCAAACUGCGAUGGUUAUGAUCAGAGACAUCCUCAUGUACAUGGACCGCGUCUACGUUCAACAAAACAACGUGGAGAACGUGUACAACCUCGGCCUCAUCAUAUUCAGGGACCAGGUGGUGCGCUACGGCUGCAUUCGAGACCACCUACGACAGACGUUACUGGACAUGAUCGCUCGCGAGAGGAAGGGAGAGGUUGUCGACAGGGGGGCGAUCAGAAACGCCUGCCAGAUGCUGAUGAUUCUUGGCCUGGACGGCAGGUCUGUAUACGAGGAGGACUUUGAGGGCCCUUUCUUAGAUAUGUCAGCAGAAUUCUUCCAGAUGGAGAGCCAAAAGUUCCUAGCAGAAAACAGUGCCAGUGUCUACAUUAAGAAGGUCGAGGCCAGAAUCAAUGAAGAGAUUGAGCGAGUUAUGCACUGCCUGGACAAGUCUACGGAGGAGCCCAUUGUCAAGGUGGUAGAAAGGGAGCUCAUUUCUAAACACAUGAAGACUAUUGUGGAGAUGGAGAACUCCGGCCUCGUCCAUAUGCUCAAGAACGGCAAGACAGAAGACUUGGCAUGCAUGUACAAGCUGUUCAGCCGUGUGCCAAAUGGCCUGAAAACGAUGUGCGAGUGCAUGAGCUCUUACUUGAGGGAGCAAGGCAAAGCUCUGGUGUCAGAGGAGGGAGAGGGCAAGAACCCUGUCGACUAUAUCCAGGGCCUGCUAGACCUGAAGACACGAUUUGAUCGUUUCCUCCUCGAGUCCUUCAACAAUGACAGACUCUUCAAACAAACCAUAGCAGGAGACUUUGAGUAUUUCCUCAACCUCAACUCCCGCUCACCAGAGUACCUAUCACUCUUUAUUGAUGACAAGCUCAAGAAGGGUGUCAAAGGGUUAACAGAACAGGAAGUGGAGUCGAUUCUUGACAAGGCCAUGGUGUUGUUCAGAUUUAUGCAGGAGAAAGACGUGUUUGAAAGGUACUACAAGCAGCAUCUGGGCCGCAGGCUGCUCAGCAACAAGAGUGUCUCAGACGACUCCGAGAAAAACAUGAUCUCUAAGCUCAAGACAGAAUGUGGCUGUCAGUUUACCUCAAAACUGGAAGGGAUGUUCAGAGACAUGAGCAUUUCCAACACUACCAUGGAUGAGUUCAGGCAACACAUACAAACCACGUCGGCAUCUCUAAGUGGUGUGGACCUCAUAGUAAGAGUCCUUACUACUGGAUACUGGCCCACACAGUCAGCAACACCCAAAUGCACCAUCCCCCCUGCUCCCAGACACGCCUUUGAAGUCUUUAGAAGGUUUUACCUCGCUAAGCACAGUGGUAGACAGCUCACACUGCAGCACCACAUGGGCGGGGCAGACCUAAAUGCAACUUUCUACGGAACUAUUAAAAAGGAGGAUGGUUCAGAAGUGGGUGUAGGAGGCGCUCAGGUGACUGGCUCAAACACCCGGAAGCACAUACUGCAGGUCUCCACCUUCCAGAUGACUAUCCUCAUGCUCUUCAACAACAGAGAAAAGUGCACUUUUGAGGAGAUCCAGCAGGAGACCGAUAUUCCUGAGAGGGAGUUAGUGCGAGCGCUGCAGUCUUUGGCUUGCGGGAAGCCGACACAGAGAGUCCUCACAAAGGAGCCAAAGUCCAAGGAGAUUGAGAGCGGCCAUGUGUUUACAGUCAAUGAUCAGUUUACUUCCAAACUGCACAGAGUCAAAAUACAGACAGUUGCUGCUAAACAAGGAGAGUCAGACCCUGAAAGGAAAGAGACGCGGCAGAAGGUGGAUGACGACAGGAAGCAUGAGAUUGAGGCAGCCAUUGUCCGAAUCAUGAAGUCAAGAAAGAAAAUGCAGCACAACGUCCUGGUGGCAGAGGUGACUCAGCAGCUCCGGGCACGUUUUCUUCCCAGCCCUGUGGUAAUUAAAAAGCGUAUAGAAGGACUAAUAGAAAGAGAAUACUUGGCGAGGACGCCAGAAGAUCGUAAAGUGUACACCUACGUUGCGUAGAAGAUGAACUGUGGAUGAGAGGAGGUAGAGACUGGACGGGGAGGAUGGGAUUUGUUUGUUUUCUUUGGACUGUUGUUACGCAUGGACUGGAAGUUUCUUUUAAAGACAUGCUGGGAACCUGAUUCAUCGUCCUUUACAAAAACACAGUAAACACACGUAAAAAGGGGAAUAAAAUGUUGGCGCAGAAAAAUAAACCCAUCAAAAGUUGUAGAUGAUUUUUAAAUCGGGCCCACUCUUCCUAUUCCCUGUGAGUUUUAACAUGGAUGGAUCCAGCUUCAAGCUUUUCACUGUUUUACCCUUGUAGAGAUCAAACUUGCAAAGAAUCCCUUGGGAAAAAUGUGAAUGCACCACAUUAUUUUUUUGUU